AUGCAUAUUUCGUCGUGUGAUUCCGAAGAGACGUCGGCAGAAGCGAUUGACAGAAAUGGAGAUCUCGAAUCUGGUUCGAGGGCCGUCCAAAGGUCAUGGAAUUCAUCGUGGGUCGACGGGCUCGUGUCCUGCCUCCAGCCCCUGUGGAACAAGUCCUGGAAAUACCAAACGAAAUCCUGCUCUUUGGUUUCGGACUGGGAAAUACCCUUUUCCGAACUCCGCGACAUGCAGUACUUGGCAUCCGGUGCCCAAGGCGCGGUUUUCACUGCGCGCUACAAGCGAGAAAUCGUCGCUGUUAAAAAGGUCUUGGACGCGUCCGACCUUCGCGAAGUCUACUUCAUGCGAAAACUCCAACAUCCCAACAUUGUCCGCUUUUUCGGCGUGUGUUCGUCCCCGGGCACGCCGAGCUGCAUCAUCAUGGAACUCUGCCAGGGGAACUCGCUGAUGGACUACCUGAAGAAGCACCGCGAAAUCGGCAUCGCGCCAAAUCUCGUUGUGACCUGGGCCAAAGAAAUUGCCGAAGGCAUGCACUACCUUCACUCGCACAAGAUUGUCCAUCGGGACUUGAAAAGCCCGAACGUGCUUAUUGCUCGCGACGGAGCUGUCAAGAUCUCGGACUUCGGCACGAGUCGCAAGUGGGCCACAGAAAGCGGCGAGUGGAAGAUGAAAAGCGUUGAAAUGACGUUUGCGGGGACGAUCCCUUGGAUGUCCCCCGAAAUGGUGCGAUCGGAAAAGUGUUCCGAGAAGGUGGACGUUUGGUCUUAUGGUGUGGUGCUGUGGGAAUUACUCACCUGCGAAAUUCCGUACAAGGACGUCGAGAGGUCUUCUGUCAUCUACGGCAUCGGGAUGGAAAAGCUGAAGCUCCCGGUCCCUUCCACGUGUCCCGAUGGGUUCCAGUUGCUUUUGACGCAAUGCUGGGCACUGAAACCGAUAAAUCGACCAUCUUUUCGUCACAUAUUGGUUCACUUGGACAUUGCUGCGGUUGAAAUACUUUCUUUGCCGAUGAGCGAGUUUCACAGGACGCAGGAGGAUUGGCGAGUGGAGAUCGGCGCGAAUUUGGCAGAGACGGAAGCGGAAUUGCGCAAGUAUAAAUCGGAGUUGUCGGACGGGGAGGAUUGCAGCGACGACAGCUCGUUGCUCGUGGAGUGCUCGUGUACGGAGAGUGUGAAGAAGCUGCACAGUACCUUGGCCUCGGUGAAUGACGCUCAGCGAGAUGUGGAAUUGAUGAGAUUGGAGGUUGAAAGGCAAGUCCGGGAAAUUCAGGUGACGAGAUUGAUGCUUGAGGUGGGGAAGAAGGAGCGGGAUCGAUUCUCGCGACGGUUGUCCGUAUGA